AUGCCCAAACACGAAAAAGGAACACCGAAGGAAAUUGCCAAUCGGUCGAAGACCCGCGGUCUACAGAAGCUUCGAUGGUACUGUGAGAUGUGUCAAAAGCAGUGCCGUGACCAGAAUGGUUUCAAAUGCCACUUGACCAGCGAGGCUCACCAGCGUCAACUCCUUCUGUUUGCCGAGAAUGAGAAGCGAUACAUUAGCGAGUUCAGUGGAGAAUUCUUACGCAAUUUCAUGGGGAUUUUGAAGUCACAAUUCGGCACCAGGAGAGUUCGGGCUAAUGAGGUUUAUCAAGCAUACAUCAAGGAUAAGAAUCACAUCCACAUGAACUCAACGAUGUGGCACUCUUUAACUGGAUUAGUUCAAUGGCUUGGAAACAAAGGCAAAUGCAAAAUUGACCAAAAUGAGAAAGGAUGGUAUAUUCAAUAUAUUGACUAUGAAGAAGAGAACCGAAAACAAGACGAGCAGAAGCGAGUAAAACAAGAAAUUGACGAUGAAAUGAAGCAACAAGAAUUGAUUGACGCUCAACUUGCUAGGGCUAAAGAAGUGCAUGGUGAGCAGGACUACACAGAGGGAACAGAACUUGUACGGAAUGAGGACGAAAAAAUUGCGUUGGAAUUGAAUUUGAAUAAAAAGCAGUCGCUUGAGACUUUGCAAAAGCCGGUCGCAGUGCUUGGUGAAUCAGUUUUCGCAAAGAGCAAAGUCAAGAAAGAAGAAAGAGAUUCGAGAUCACGAAGUCGAAGUCGAAGCCCACACUCUAGAUGGAAUACCAAGUCUCGAGACUAUGACGGUCAUUCAUCAAAUCGACCAUCUACAUCAAAACACGAUGAUCGUAGCACAAAGAAAAGCGCACUAGAUGAAAUCAGAGAGCAAGAAGAACGCCGUAAGGAGAAAAAGAAUCGGAAAGACUAUUGGCUCUGCCCAGGAAUUGUUGUUAAGGUGGUUACAAAAAAAUUGGGUGAAGAUUACUACAAAGCGAAAGGAGUUGUACGAGAACUGGUGGAUGAUUACACAGCUAAAGUUAAGAUUGAUGAUGUGACUAUAAAGUUGGAUCAAGCACAUGUAGAGACGGUGAUUCCGCAAGUGGGUCGCGAGAUGAUGAUUGUUAAUGGAGCAUACCGUGGAACGAAAGCAACUCUUUUGAAGAUUGAUGAAAAGGCAUACAGUAUCGCUCUCAAACUUUCAAGUGGAAUUUGCAAAGGUCGAGAAAUCACCGUUCCAUACGAGGAUGCUUCAAAACUUGCUGUA